UCACCGUUUACUUGCGUUCACUUGCCGAGAUCCUUUUCCACUCGCCCGAAAAAUAAGAUACCUAAAAAGAGCCCAAGUAGACCUGUGACUCUACCGAACCAGAAGCGAGAUGGACACCGACGUGACCAUGGUCCCAGCGGGUGAGGCUAGCUCAAGCGUCGCCGGACCUUCAUCUUCCACCAAGAAGCCCAAACGUUUCGAAAUUAAGAAGUGGAAUGCCGUCGCUCUUUGGGCCUGGGAUAUUGUUGUGGAUAACUGUGCGAUUUGUAGGAACCAUAUUAUGGAUCUUUGCAUUGAGUGCCAAGCGAAUCAAGCAAGCGCUACAAGUGAGGAGUGCACUGUUGCCUGGGGUGUGUGCAAUCAUGCUUUUCACUUCCACUGCAUCAGCCGAUGGCUCAAGACCCGCCAAGUGUGCCCUCUUGACAAUAGCGAGUGGGAAUUCCAAAAGUAUGGCCACUAGAAUCACGGUGACAAGCGGGACAGCUGGGUCCAAAAUUUGAAGUUGUGUGAAUCAUCACCUGAAAUUAAGGCAGCGGCCAGUCUCCAGUAACUCAACAUUGUAAUAGAUCCUUAUAACAUAUUGGAUCAACAGUUUGUUUGUUUCUGAAUUUUUCCCUGCAGUCUUCCGACCCUAUUUGUGGGGUUAGAUGUGCAAUUUCCUUGUGACCAAUGCACUAUUUUGUGUUGCAAUGUUAUUAUAUUGGUUUAUGGUUGCUUAA